AUGCCUAAUCUCGAAACAAAGACUGGUUCCAAAAGGAAACGCACAGAAAACUACUUCGCGCCAACGCACUCACACAUAGCAACUUUUAGCUUUGUUAAUGGCCCCACCGUAUUCAGCCCGCGAAGAAGAACAGCCCCCUUUCAUUCUUGCACCACCGAGUACACAACUGAAGGACCUCUAAGAAUGUCCGCCCGACUCAAUGGGCCUGAAAAUCAAACCCCAGGAAUUGUACAAGAUAUCAAAGGAGCCUUUUUUUACGCAAGUCGCGCUUUCAAAGGUUUGAUUGGAAGCACAGGCGACUCCAAUACGCAAAAAGACUUGCAAGGUUCGCGGCCAGUAGCCGAGAGUACUGAACAGUCUGGCCGCUCUUUGAAAAGAAAUGCUCUGCAAACUUCCAGUGCCCCAUGCAAGCGACCCAGAUCAUCGCCUGGAGUAGAUGCUCGGCUAAGUGUACCGACUCAGAAGGAGCUGCCAGGCAAAAAAUCAGACGACUUGACCCAAAAACUAGACAACUGCAUUACCCCUGAGAAAAACGGCAGCUUUGCCUUCGCCACAAAGAAAGACCCGUUCGGAUGGGACUCUAGUGAGAUUUCUCUUUCACCAGCACCUGCACACCAAGUUCCUUACGGGAGCUCGUUUUACAGAAGAAAAGCUAGUAGAGCUCAAAAGCCAGAAGACUCUAGGUCAUUGACCAUUAGGAAACCGUCAGAAGAACUCUCAUAUUUGAGAAUGAUCUUCAAUGGAGAAUAUAGGGCACCGGCACUUAUUGAAGAGCAAAGGGAUACACAGCUAAAGCUGAGAGAGCAAGAAAGGGAGGGGCUUAAGUCCACAUUCAAAAAUUCGGUUGCUAGCCUGACAGAGAGGUUCAAAGCAGUUCUAGCCGAGAAUCUGGGAAAAAGGGAAAGCCCCGAUGAUCUUAUUAUAAUAAAGGAGCGCAGACUUCCUGAGCAUGAAAACCCUCUCAAGCAUCGUACUGGCUUUCAGAAGCUCAGAUUUGACACUUCAGUACUAACCUUCGAGGAAGAGUUUAAAAGUUACAAGAGGCUGAUUGAGGAAAGAAGAAGAAUACAGACCGAAGUGAGGGAAAAGCGUCAAAAAAAACGAGAACUUGUACCCAAGUUAACAAACGAAGAUGUCGUUUAUGUCAAGAAAGCAUUGAGUAGAACAGAUAAUGGUGUUCUUAUGAACAAAAACAACAUCGAGAUAAAAGUUUACGAUUUUAAAACACUAGCACCCAAAAGGUGGCUCAAUGACAUUAUUGUCGAAUUUUUCAUGAAGCAUGUUGAAAUUACAACUGAACACUGCGUUGCAUUCAACUCGUUCUUUUAUACAACACUUUCGCAAAGAGGUUAUCAAGGCGUUAGAAGGUGGAUGAAGAAAAAGAAGGUUCAAGUCGAAAAGCUGAGCAAAAUAUUUGUUCCAAUCAACUUAAAUCAAUCUCAUUGGGCUCUCGGCUUUAUCAAUAUUGAUAAAAAGACGAUAAGUUAUAUUGACUCUUUGUCUAGCGGCCCUUCUACUAUGGGGCACGCUAUUCUGAAAGUCUUGCAAGAAUACCUAUUAGAGGAGAGCAGCGGGAAAAUCGGACGUGAUUUUGAGUUGAUUCAUGAACAAUGCCCUCAACAGCCCAACGGUUUUGAUUGCGGCAUUUACGUGUGCGUCAAUGCUCUUUAUUUGAGCAAAGAACUUCCGCUGUCUUACAAUCAUGAUGACGCCAACAGAAUGCGGCCAUACAUUGGGCAUCUCAUCCUUUCAGGGGACUGA